UGAGGCUGGCUGCACGCGCUUCUGGAGGACCACCUCCGGAGACUGAGUUCUUUUCGCCCCUUCUUCCUUCCAAGCUCCCUUCCUGCCUUCCCUCCCUGCCCAAUACAAUGCAUUCUUGAGUGGCAGCGUUUGGACUCCAGGCAGUCCCAGAGAACGGAAGCAAGCCAAAGAGAGAAGAUUUGGAGCCAAGGCACUGGUGGAGGAGCUUGGAUGCCUGGUUUUCUUUGAGGACAUCUUUGGAGUGAGGGUGGCUUUGGGGUGGGGGGUUGUAUUGCAGGGAAUCCAGCCAGGCCCCAAGAUGGACACUUCUGGGCACUUCCAUGACUCUGGGGUGGGGGACCUGGAUGAAGACCCAAAGUGUCCCUGUCCAUCCUCUGGGGAUGAGCAGCAGCAGCAGCAGCAGCAGCAGCAGCAACAACAGCAGCAACAGCAGCAGCAGCAGCAACCACCACCACCGCCGCCUCCAGCACCUCCAGCAGCCCCCCAGCAACACCCAGGAGCCCUGCUUCAGCCUCAGCUUCCACCACUUCAGCAGCCACAGCCACAGCCGCAGCAGCCGCCACCACAUCCCUUGUCACAGCUCACCCAACUCCAAAGCCAGCUUGUCCACCCUGGCCUGCUCCAUUCCUCUCCCACGGCUUUCAGGGGUCCCCCUUCGGUCAACUCCACCGCCAUCCUCCACCCUUCCUCCAGGCAAGGCAGCCAGCUCAAUCUCAAUGACCACUUGCUUGGCCAUUCUCCAAGUUCCACAGCCACAAGUGGGCCCGGUGGAGGCAGCCGGCACCGGCAGGCCAGCCCCCUGGUGCACCGGCGGGAUAGCAACCCCUUCACAGAGAUCGCCAUGAGCUCUUGCAAGUAUAGCGGUGGGGUCAUGAAGCCCCUUAGCCGUCUCAGCGCCUCCCGGAGGAACCUGAUUGAGGCCGAGCCUGAGGGCCAACCCCUCCAGCUCUUCAGCCCCAGCAACCCCCCAGAGAUUGUCAUCUCCUCCCGGGAGGACAACCAUGCCCACCAGACCCUGCUCCAUCACCCCAACGCUACCCACAACCACCAGCAUGCCGGCACCACUGCCAGCAGCACCACCUUCCCCAAAGCCAACAAGCGGAAAAACCAAAACAUUGGCUAUAAGCUGGGACACAGGAGGGCCCUGUUUGAAAAGAGAAAGCGACUCAGUGACUAUGCUCUGAUUUUUGGGAUGUUUGGAAUUGUUGUUAUGGUGAUAGAGACCGAGCUGUCUUGGGGUUUGUACUCAAAGGAUUCCAUGUUUUCGUUGGCCCUGAAAUGCCUUAUCAGUCUAUCCACCAUCAUCCUGCUUGGUUUGAUCAUCGCCUAUCACACACGAGAAGUCCAGCUCUUUGUGAUCGACAAUGGUGCAGAUGACUGGCGGAUAGCCAUGACCUACGAGCGCAUCCUGUACAUCAGCCUGGAGAUGCUGGUGUGUGCCAUCCACCCCAUUCCUGGAGAGUACAAGUUCUUCUGGACAGCACGCCUGGCCUUCUCCUACACUCCAUCGCGGGCCGAGGCCGACGUGGACAUUAUCCUGUCCAUCCCCAUGUUCCUGCGCCUGUACCUGAUCGCCCGGGUGAUGUUGUUGCACAGUAAGCUCUUCACCGAUGCCUCCUCGCGUAGCAUCGGGGCCCUCAACAAGAUCAACUUCAAUACCCGCUUCGUCAUGAAGACCCUCAUGACCAUCUGCCCUGGCACUGUGUUGCUGGUGUUCAGCAUCUCGCUGUGGAUCAUUGCUGCCUGGACCGUCCGAGUCUGCGAAAGGUACCAUGACCAGCAGGACGUAACUAGUAACUUUCUGGGCGCCAUGUGGCUCAUCUCCAUCACAUUCCUUUCCAUUGGUUAUGGGGAUAUGGUGCCCCACACAUACUGUGGGAAAGGUGUCUGUCUCCUCACUGGCAUCAUGGGUGCGGGGUGCACUGCCCUUGUGGUAGCCGUGGUGGCCCGAAAGCUGGAACUCACCAAAGCAGAGAAGCAUGUCCACAAUUUCAUGAUGGACACUCAGCUCACCAAACGGAUCAAGAAUGCUGCAGCCAAUGUCCUCCGGGAAACGUGGCUAAUCUAUAAACACACAAAGCUGCUAAAGAAGAUUGACCAUGCCAAAGUCAGAAAACACCAGAGGAAGUUCCUCCAGGCUAUCCACCAACUGAGGAGCGUCAAGAUGGAGCAGAGGAAGCUGAGUGACCAAGCCAACACCCUGGUGGACCUUUCCAAGAUGCAGAACGUCAUGUAUGACUUAAUCACAGAGCUCAAUGAUCGGAGUGAAGACCUGGAGAAGCAGAUUGGCAGCCUGGAGUCAAAGCUGGAGCACCUCACCGCCAGCUUCAAUUCCCUGCCCCUGCUCAUCGCAGACACCCUGCGCCAGCAGCAGCAGCAGCUGCUGACUGCCAUCAUGGAGGCCCGGGGCAUCAGCGUGGCUGUGGGCACCACCCAUGCCCCACUCUCUGACAGCCCGAUUGGGGUCAGCUCCACCUCCUUCCCGACCCCAUACACAAGUUCAAGCAGUUGCUAAAUAAAACUCCCCACUCCAGAAGCGUUACCCAUAGAUCUUAAGAUGCAAAUCAACACCUUCCUGGUCACUUUGUCAUCAAGGAACUUUCAGACCAGGAAACAGAAAGAAGAGAGACGGAGCUAAUUAGCUAACUCAAGUUCAUUCAGUGUGCUUGGUUCGACAUGCCUUGAAACCAGAAAUCUAAUCUCUGUUUAGGUGCCUCUACUUGGGAGCGGGAAGAGGAGAUGACAAGAAGCGACGCCUCUGGCAGGGCCCUUGCUGCACAGUUUGUGGAGAACAGAAAUCCACGCUCAAUCUCAGGUCUUCACAGGGAUGGGGAGGGGCAGCUGCUCAGAAGUGCCCAAAAGUGAAGCCAGCCCAGAAGAGGGGCCACUGGCAGGAGGGGUUGGUACCAGGUUUGGGAGCAGGUUCCUCUCCUAGGGGACUCCCACAUCUUUCUCCUUUUCUUUUGUCUGAGGAAGUCUCUGGGUGAGAAAUACAAGAGAGAUGCCUACAACUUGCCAAAACAGACAUGCCCAAUUUAGACUGGCAAAAAAAAAAAGACAGACAAUAAAAAGCCAGAUUUUUCCAUCCAAUAUUAAUACCCAUAUGUUGCAAGCCACAUGUGCAUGUGCACGCGCACGCGCGCGCGCACACACACACACACACACACACCAUAAUUAGUCCAGGUUCUUUCUUAUUUGAGCUUACCCCUCAUGAAAAGGGAUCUGGUACCUUUCUUGCACACAGCAGGUACACUAUAAGUGUGCAUUGGGUUGUUUGAAUGGGAAUGUGGGUGCUGCUGGUUUAGGUAGCUAGCUGACGAUGACCACAUUCUAGCUUCCUUGAAGGCGCAGAUCCUUUCCACCCAGUGCCUGUGGCUUUGCCUGGAUACACAGCGAGCUUGAGUUGGAAUGAAUGCCAAGCCAAAAUUGUUGGCAUUUUGGAGGGAUAAGCAGGAUUCUAAAAAUAACAGCUUUUGCCGAGUUUUCUUCUUACACCCAUAUAAACUGGGUUCUGAUGGACUGCAUGCCCGGUGUAUGUAUGGGGAGGGGGAAGGCAGAGGAGAACAAGUGUCACCCAUUGCCACCCAGGGAGUAGAAGUAUUGUCUGGGGUUUUACUGAACUGAGGACUCACUCAGUGACUGACUUCAGCUGCUGAUGUUAGGGAUACAGAAAGCUUAGCUGGAAGGAGAAAGUUGGAGUGGCCUGCCAGGUCCUUCCUGCCUGAUCUGAAGUCACCUCAGGAUGAAGCAUCGUGAGAACAAGGAGCCCUUAGGGACUUGUGGGUAAGGUAAGAGGACAUAGAUUUGUCAGAAGCUUGUUCCUACUGUGUCAUGUUAAUCAUGGUGCAAAAAGAUACUAUCCCAAUACAUCUCAGACUCCAAGAGAGCCUAGAAACGGCGAGAUUCAGUAUAGCAACAGGCGCCAUACAACUUUUUCAUUACUCCAUAAUCUGACCACCCAUAACAUUUGUCACGUGACAAGUGUCAUUUAUCACUUUUCUCAUUCUGAGGUCUCUGACUUCUGAGAGGAAUGAAACGAUUCUGUAAGGAACAUUUCAUCUGUUUAGGGUAAAACAAAAGUGUGUUAUUUGCAUAUGGCUAUCAUCUUGGAUUUGGCUUUGUGAUGAGACAUGGCUGUCAUUCUGUGCAGAUUUUUCUUGUGCGGCACUAGGCCUUGUCUUCUAAGAAUGAGGGAAUCAUUAAACAAGGUAGACAGUUCUAGAAUGGUAUUACACUAUUUCUAGAAUUCUGAAAUGGUAAUUGUAGAAGUAUUCCACUCCUUCAGGAAGACCUGGUUUCUUGCUAACCCUCUUAUCUGUCUUUUGCUGUUGCUGUGGUUUUUUUGUUUGCUUUAUUUUGUUUUACUUUUCUUUGUUGGUUGGAUUGUUUGGUGGUUCUACGAGUUAAGCCCAGGGCUAGGCAACUGCUCUACCACUAAGUUAAACUCCAGCCCUCUGUUCUUGUUUUAAUGGUCUGUCUUACUAAUGGUUUAUUUUGCUAAUGCCUUUGAGCAUUUCUGGUUGCUGUUUUGCAUACCGGAGAGGCCACAUCUACUGUUGAAUUUUAAUUUUUUAAACCUGGGUUUUGGGGUUGCUUUAGAUAUUAAUUACAUAAAAGAUUUCCCCCUGCCUCCCUUUAUCCUUCCUUUCUUCCCUUCUUUUGUCCCAAGAAGAAUACUCUUGUUUUCAGUAACAGUUUGGCCAAACAUAUAAGUGGAUAUGUAAACAGACGAAAUAGCCAUGCAGUAUCUUUGUGAUAUUUAGUUCUAUUUCACAGAAGGGAAGGCCAUGGACGGGCCAACCCUGAUCAUGUAAGCUACAGCCCUCAGCCGUUGAUUCCUGCUAGGCCUUCCAUCCACUAUGACCCUACACUGUGUGUGCGUGUGAGUGUGGGCAGAGGCUCAUGCACAUAUAGAGAUUUAGUCUUCCUUUCCCAUAAAUGACCCGCAAGAUUCCACCAUCCCUCUUCCUGCCCACAGGCUGACAGCUGGCAUCAUGGUCCUUAACUCAUUACUGACACUCUCACUAGAGCGUAGCACUGGCAUCCUAGAGACACAGGGGAUUUGUAGUGAGGCCCGACCUAUUGGUAGUGCAAUAGCUAUAGAUGGUUCCUAUCUUUGGCAAAAGAAUACUCUUUAAAAAAAGUGAUUGAGUCUGCAUGUUGAUCCCACAAUGGUAAAUGGGACCCUGUUUCUCUCUAUUGGUAUUUCAGCUUUACAGGGGAAAGUCCAAUGAGCCCUUAACCUACAGAAUGCUGGGUGUAACUCACGCAGAGUCUCUUCCUACAUCUUUUGGUUGAUUCCACUGUGCUUAGCAUCACAGUCAGAUGGGAAAAGGAGGCUUCUGGGUUCACACCCAUACCUUCUUGUACCUUAGUUUCAAGCUUGGUAGUAUUGUACCUU